UGGAGCUGGGGCCGCGCGCCGCCCCCUAGGCGAACCCUGUGUUGUGCAAGCGAGCUGAUGGACGAAGAUGAGAAGGACAGGGCAAAGAGGGCGUCACGCAACAAAUCUGAAAAGAAAAGGAGAGACCAGUUCAAUGUCCUCAUUAAAGAGCUCUGCACGAUGCUGCAGGGCCACGGCCACCCUCUCAAGAUGGACAAGUCCACAAUACUGCAGCGGACCAUCGACUUCUUGCAGAAACAGAAAGACAUCACGGCACAGACAGAGGCCUGUGAGAUCAGACAGGACUGGAAGCCUUCGUUUCUUAGCAAUGAGGAGUUCACCCAGUUGAUGUUAGAGGCUUUAGAUGGAUUCCUCAUUGCACUUACCACUGAUGGGAUUAUUAUUUAUGUAUCUGAUAGUGUCUCUUCCCUUCUUGGACAUGUACCGUCAGAUUUGGUGGACCAAAAUAUAUUAAACUUUCUGCCUGAGCGAGAACAGAGCGAGGUGUACAAGCUCCUUUCAUCUCACGUGCUCAUGACGGAUCCCGUAGCAACUGACUUUCUCCACGCUGAAAAACAAAUAGAGUUCUGCUGCCAUUUAGCAAGAGGCAGCUUAGAUCCAAAUGAGCCCCUCACGUACGAAUAUGUGAAAUUUGUAGUGGAUUUUAAAUAUUUUACUCACGUGCCUACGCCUGCCUGUAAUGGCUUUGAGUCAGCUAUUGCACGAGCAUUCAGGUCAGCUACCGAGGACCAGAUUUGCCUCGUCGCGACUGUUCGUCUCGUCACACCACAGUUCUUAAAGGAGCUCUGCAACAUUGAAGAGCCGUGUGAAGAAUUCGCAUCAAGACAUAGCCUGGAGUGGAAAUUUUUAUCCUUGGACCAAAGGGCUCCACCUAUUAUAGGCUACUUACCUUUUGAGGUCCUGGGAACAUCGGGUUAUGAUUAUUACCACGCCGAUGACCUGGAGCUCCUUGCUAGGUGCCAUGAACACUUGAUGCAAUUUGGGAAAGGAAAGUCCUGUUACUACAGAUUCUUGACCAAAGGCCAGCAGUGGAUAUGGCUGCAGACGCACUAUUACAUCACUUACCACCAGUGGAACUCCAAGCCCGAGUUCAUUGUCUGCACUCACCUUGUAGUUAGUUAUGCAGAGGUUCGGGCUCAAAGGAGGCGAGACCUUGGCCUUGAGGAGUCAUCAGUUGAGCUAGCAUCAUCUUCUUUGAAGAGUCACAAUAGCUACGUAGACAUCAGGCAGUGUGGAAACAGCCAGGAAACCAGCAGGGAGAGAGUGUCUGUGUCGUCCCACAGCUCCCGCAGAUCUUCGCACACGGCCCUCUCUGACUCUGCAUCCACAUCAUCCAUGCGACACACAGAUGCCAGCACUCCCACCAGGCAGUCGGUGUCUCUGGGGCAGCCUGAGAAGACCUCCCUGAGGCUGGCUUCAAGUGGGAGCACCCAGGUGAUCGUAACUCCUCAGGCCCCUGCCGAACAUUUGACUCAGCGUCAGAUGGCCCAGCCAGCGAUGCCCGCUCAGCAAGCCACGAUGCCCGCUCAGCAAACCAUGAUGCCCGUGUACCACUUCCCGGCGCAGCUGGGGAUGAUGCAUCAGCUGAAGGAGCAGCUGGAAGAACGGACGCGCAUUUUGCAAGCGGACAUCAAGACGCAGCAGGAGGAGCUCCACGUCAUCAAGGAGCAGCUCCAGCUGGUGCAGGAUUCCAAUCUGCAGAUGUUGAUGCAGCAGCCCAUGCCCUUGGUGUUCAACAACGCGCAGCAGCAGAGCCCACAGAGGGCAGCUCAGCAGCAGCAGACAGGGGCAGCUAGGCAAACCGUGGCCAAGAAGUCUCAACAGCAAGGCCUGGGGGGCUCGAAACGCUACUGCAGCCCUCACUUACCGUCACCACGGCACUUCCACAGGGAACCUUGCGUCACCUCCUCCCAGGUGCAACAGCAGCAGCAGCAGCAGCAGCGGCAGCAGCAGCAGCAGCACGUAAUAAGAGGAAAUCAGACGCAGCAAACCUGCCUGCCAGUGCAAACCAGCAUUUCCGUGCCCCUCUACAACAACCCCAUGGUGUUCUCUCAGACUCAUCCCAUUACUCCUCCCACUCAGAUGCCAGCCGAAAUUAGUGACAGGCAGCCACAGUCUGACUAUGGCCAAGAUAGGAGCCUAAGGAUGUUGCUGGAUCAGCCUAUCCAAGCCAUGAUGCCCAGUGCUAAUGGGACUAGUCAGUCAGGACAGAGCAACGCUGGGAGACAACAAGGGAAAUUUGUUCCUGAACAGCAGAUGCUGCCUCCCCAGUUACAAAUGCCACCAAUUACGUGUAGCACAGUCAGAGCUCCUGCCCCUUCGCCUGCAUUUUCCCCUUCCGUGAUGAUCCCGCAUACGAACUUCACCUCCCACCAGACGCAUCCCCCCAUUCACCUCCCCCAGUGGCCACAGCAGCAAGUUCAACAGCAUCAGCUCUACCUGCAGAUGCAGACUCCCGAAUCAGUCCAGGGGAGUCAGAGUCAGCGCAUCUUCCAGUCAUCUCACCUCCCCCAGCAGACCAGCAUGGGGUACUUCCUCCAUCCUCAGCAACAAGCCCGCCACGCACAGGGUCAGCCCUGCAACCUGCAAGACCUGCCUGAAAUGCAGCUGCCGUGAAAGCCAAGCGGUGAAGAGGAGAGGAUGAUGUUGGUCGCAGCAGCUGUGCUGGGCACAAGCGAAGGGAAGGACAGCACUAGCUAAGGAGAGGAGGCCUUCCUCAUUCGCCUGAGUGGUGAGGCUCAGCCCGGAGAGAAGCGUGGCAGCCUGGGCCAGAGGCCCGGCAGGCAGGCUGUAAGAGCAUCUUGUUGAUCAGCAUUUUAAUGUAGUCAGUUCAGUGCUCGCUGGUGCACAGCAGCACUUCCAGCAGCCACAGAAAAGUGCGGAUCUGUUAAACAGCAGGGCAGAAGACAUGAAACUGUGAGUAGCCAGAACUCCCGCAUCUUGUCUUGUAGAGACGGAUUAAUACUUAAAGUGCUAAAAGUAUUGGGAGGACUCGCCGAGGAGGGUGUGGAGCUCCUGCCUGCCAAACCUAACGGACAAAAGCGGUUACACGCUUGAUUACCCAAAGGAUUUGCUUAGGGAGGAGAACAGCUACAAGAAAAACCAGUCAGUGGGUGUUAGUGGCAGGUACGAAGCCAUAGGUGCACAGCGUGGCAAUGCACUCAAGCUGGAAGAUGGCUUUCUAGCUGCAGGCGUGUUUUAUCAGGUCAUCACAAUGGUCACUUUGCAACUGAGAACAUCUUUUCAAUUCAGGGCAUCGACGCUCAUUUUAAAUUUUGCUGGAAGUCACUGUGAAUUGAAGACCAGCGUUUGGAAAACAUGCACGCACGCGCAUGCAUGC